AUGGAGUUGACUUUUGCAUAAAAGUAUAGAUUUACAUUAGAUAAGAAAAUAGGAUUAGGAGCAUUUGGUUAAAUAUAUUUAGGUAUAAUAGAGUAAUAUAAUAGGAAAUAAUAUCAAAACUGGAGAAGAAAUUGCUAUCAAAUUAGUAACUGAAAUUCUAAUUAUUUAUAGGAAAAUGUGAGUAAUAACCAUUCUUAAUUGUUACACGAAGCUAAAAUUUAUAGAAUCUUAUUACUAGAUGGACCUGUACCUGGAAUACCAAAUUUACAUUGGUUUGGAUAGGAAGGAGAUUUUAAUGUAUUAGUCAUGGAUAUACUUGGACCAAGUUUAGAAGAUUUAUUCAAUUAUAAUGGAAGAAAAUUCUCACUUAAAUCUGUUUUAAUGUUAGCAGAUCAAGUAGAUAUUAAUCUUUUUAUCUAUAGUUACUUACAAGAAUUUCAUAUUUACAUAACAAAGACUUUAUUCAUAGAGAUAUUAAACCUGAGAAUUUCUUAAUUGGUCUAAAUAAAAAAGCUGAUAACAUUUAUAUGAUUGAUUUCGGUUUAGCUAAAAGAUAUAGAUAUUAAAGGACAGGUAAGCAUUUAUUAAAAUUAUAGAAACACAUAUUUAAUAUGGUGAAAAUAAUUAAUUGGUUGGAACAUGUAGAUUUUCUAGUAUCAAUGCGCAUUUAGGAAUUGAAUAAAGCAGAAGGGAUGAUUUAGAGUCCAUAGGCUAUAUGCUAAUAUACUUUUUAAGAGGAUCUUUACCCUGGUCAGGAAUUAAGACAGAAACUAAAAAAGCAAAGUAUGAAAAAGUGGCUGAAUGUAAGAUUGCUACUCCAAUAGAUAAAUUAUGUGAAGGAUUUCCUGGUAUUGAAAUAUAUUAAUAAUAGAGGAGUUUGUUAAAUAUUUUAAUUAUAUUAAGAGUUUAAAAUUUGAAGAGAUACCUGAUUAUGUUUGGAUCAAAAGAUUAUUUAAAGAUCUAUUUAUUAAAUAGGAAUAUACAUGGGAUAAUGUAUUUGAUUGGGCCUAAGAGACUAAAUGA